UGUGGAAUAAGACACUUAAGUGAUCCGGUGUACUGACGCGUCACUCUGUGUGGACCAGUGUGAUAUUAUUUUUUACUGUGAAAGCAGUAAGUGAGGUAUUGUCUGCCCACUCGGACUUUCUAAGGGAAAGCUUUAUUUCUGGCUGUGCAUAUAUUUCGCUGUUUCUGACGCUCCGGUGUACCAGCUGAGCAGGGUGAAAUUACACCCCCUGGACUUUUUUUGUGAACCAACUCCAAAGAAAAGUCACCAUGGCAGAGACGUCGACAACUCCAGCCAAAUCCAAAAAGGCAGCCAAGCCCAAGAAACCUGCUUCUCAUCCCAAGUACUCGGACAUGAUUAAAGCGGCCAUCGUAAAGUACGCCAGCCGGAGUGGAGCAUCCCGGCAGGCCAUCCAGAAGUACGUGAGGAAGAGCUAUGAAGUGGGCGAUAACGUCGAUGUGCAGAUUAAAAUGGCCCUGAAGAGGAUGGUGAUAGCCGGGACUGUGCGCCACACCAGAGGCGUCGGCGCGUCCGGAUCCUUCAGGUUGACCAAACCAGAGGACUCCAAAAAGUCAACCAAGGCACCGGUACUGGCACCUGCCAAACCAAAGAAGGCAGCGAAGCCCUCCAAACCCAAGACGGUAGAGCCCAAGAAGCUGCCCAAGACCCCGGAUAAAAUCAAGAAGACAGCUGCAAAGAAAGUGAGAAAGGUUGUGAAGAAGGCGACACCAGUGAAAUCCAAAAAGACACCAUCGAAGAAAGCCAAGGUAGCCAAGCCCAAGGCAAAACCAGCAAAGAGGGUAGCCAAGCCCAAGCCCAAGACCAAGACCAAGACAACCAAAAAGGCAGCCAAAACAGCAAAAAAAUAAGUAAAAGGACAAUAUCAGAGACAAAGUCACUGUAAAUACUUAAGGAAAUGUUUUCGUAUAUGUAUUAUUUUUGUAAGGUCUCAUGCAAACUUAUGCUGUUUUUACCAGUAGUUCUCUCCAUUGCACUAUAGCCUAUAUAUGCUGUAGAAAUAAUUGUGAGAAUUUUUAUUUGGCGUUAAUAAUUCUGUUUUGUUUGAUCAUUUGGAUACAUAAAGGCGAGACGAGGGUCUUGCUGAAGAGGGAAAAAAAAUGUACAUACAGUUGAACUUAUGAAUAGUUAUUGUUAGUGCACGGGGUCAUACUGAAAAUACAAAUGUGACAAUGGUGAGCAUUGUUGAGCCUUUACAUUGUACAGACCAUCGGCUGUGGACGUCAGCAAGAUUUUCCUAAAGGCUCUAUAGUUGUCAUUCAAGCUCCAUUCUGUAAAUGUCCUCAUGUUCAGACGACUCGUACUAUACACACAUCCCAUGUUCAGUCACUUUUAAAGACUGUUUAUACUGCAAAUCAAUAAACCUUUGUCAUCUUCUACAAAA